GCCAAUCAUAACCAAAGCAAAAACCCCUUGAAACAAAAACCCUAGCCGUCUUCGUUCUUCACAUUCCCUCUCUCACAAAAUGGAAAAUCCGGCCGAAAUCGCCACUGCCGCCUCUAUUUCUCCCUCCGCCAUGGACGUCGAAGCCGCAGCCGCUCCUCCACGGAAGCCGCAGGUCCUAUUCGCACAGAAACCGAACUUCCGGCCGCUCAAGGCGCACGAAAUCUCCGACGGCCAAAUCCAGUUCCGCAAAAUCUCCGUCCCGCCGCACCGCUACACUCCUCUCAAAAAAGCCUGGCUUGAGAUCUACACCCCGAUAUACGACGAGAUGAAGAUCGACAUCCGGAUGAAUCUCAAGGCGCGCAGAGUCGAGCUCAAGACCCGCACCGACACCCCCGACGUCAGCAACCUCCAGAAGUGCGCCGACUUCGUGCACGCCUUCAUGCUCGGAUUCGACGUUAUCGACGCCGUGGCGCUGCUCCGAAUGGACGAGCUCUACGUCGAAUCGUUCGAGAUCAAGGACGUGAAGACACUGAAAGGCGAGCACUUGUCUCGCGCGAUCGGGCGAUUGAGCGGAAAAGGGGGGAAAACGAAAUUCGCGAUUGAGAAUUCGACAAGGACAAGGAUUGUGAUUGCGGAUUCGAAGAUUCAUAUGCUUGGAUCGUUUGCGAACAUCAAGGUCGCGAGGGAUUCGCUUUGUAGCUUGAUUUUGGGAUCCCCUGCUGCGAAGGUUUAUUCGAAGCUGAGAGCAGUCACGGCUCGCCUUGCUGAAAGGUUUUGAUUGAUUACUCUUCUUUUUUUGUUUGAUUGAAUUUUUGAUUAUACGAGUUAUGAAAAGUGCUAAAACGCCCAAUUUUGGGCAUUUAUCGAUCCAAAAUUUUGAUCUUUGUCUCUUGUUUAGGUUCCUUAUUGUAUUUCUGUAAUUUGCUUUUCCAGCAAUUUUGUAAACUUUCUCUAAAUUAUAGUGGAAUGACUCGUAGUUUGAUUGACACCAUAUAAUGAUGAAAUAUAUUACUGCAUUUCGAAA